CUAUGCUCAAGCAUCGAUUGCGUGAUAUGAUAGGCUUAUUCGAUCUACCUAUCAAUAAACUAUCCGUCCUAUCCAUUGCGCAUCCAAUGGUUUUCCCCGCAAGACGCUAUAUACCCGAGCCUACAAGAACUACCAGCCUCGGUACUCUUCUAAUCCUUGCUUCAGCUUGUGUAACGGUACGCCACCUACUAUUGCACAUGCCCUGGACUGGCAUCCAUGUGAUUGGCAUGGAUGAAGGACGUCAGAGAUGAUACAGGGGGGGUUCCACGGUAUGCAUCUUGAGUA